AUGACUUCUGAGGCGACGGAAGAUAUGUGGCUUUUUGGCUAUGGCAGUUUGAUUUGGAAACCGCCGCCACAUUUCGACCUGAGAGUACCCGGCUACGUUGAAGGAUACGUGCGGCGAUUUUGGCAGGCAAGUGAAGAUCAUCGUGGAACUCCUGAGGCUCCCGGCCGGGUUGUCACCCUGAUUGACAGAUCGCAUUGGAAUACUCUUACCGAUCAGCAUUCAGAUGCUCCUUUACAGACAUGGGGCGCCGCGUAUAGGAUACCGGGGCCGCACGUAGCAGAAGUGAGGGAAUAUCUCGAUAUCCGAGAAAUCAACGGAUACAGUAUCCAGUACACUCCAUUCCACGUUGCAAAGGAGUUUGCGGCUUCACACAAUCUGCCAGCACCAAUUGACUGUUUGGUCUAUGUAGGACUUCCAGACAAUCCGCAAUUUAUGGGUCCACAGGACCUUGAAACGCUGGCAGAACACAUUGUCAAGAGCAGAGGGCCUAGUGGAGAAAACAAAGACUAUCUCUACGGGCUUGAUCAAGCUCUUAUGGAGCUCGGAGAAGGUAGCGAAGACGAGCAUGUGCACGAUUUGGCUAGACGCUGUCGUGAGAUUGAGUCUAGAUCGUCAAAGGAUGCUGGCAAGGCAGCAGACAGCAGCGUCAUUGGAUCCGAGCUAAAGAGAGUGGGCAGUACGGCCGAACAAGAGGAGAUCGAGAAGUGA